CAUGGGGAUUUGCUGCCAUCACUGUGUCCCUGUGAGUUGUGCAUGCUCGUGGUGAACCCACUGAAGAUAUGGACUUGGACCAGCUGGACCUAAAUCCCAGAAUUACUGCUGCAAUUAAAAAGGGUAGACUGAGGUCAGUGAAGGAAGUGCUGUGCUACUCGGGACCAGACUUGCAGAGGCUCACCAGGCUGCCUGGCCACGAAGUACAGUGCCUGCUGAGAGCAGCCUCUCUGCACCUUCGGGGAAGCCGCGUCCUCACAGCGCUACACCUGUUCCAGCAGAGGGCGAGCUUCCCCGAGCAGCAUCAACGCCUGAGCCUGGGCUGCCCUGUCCUGGAUCAGUUCUUGGGAGGUGGCUUGCCUCUGGAGGGCAUCACUGGCCUAGCUGGCCGCAGCUCAGCAGGAAAGACCCAGCUGGCCCUACAGCUCUGUCUGACUGUGCAGUUCCCACGACAAUAUGGAGGCCUGGAGGCUGGGGCCGUCUACGUCUGCACAGAGGAUGUCUUCCCCAGCAAGCGGCUAUGGCAGCUCAUUGAACAGCAACCGCGGCUCCGGACAGACGUGCCUGGGGAGGUGAUCCAGAAGAUCAGGUUCAGCAACCACAUCUUCGUUGAGCAUGUAGCUGACGUGGACACUUUGCUGGAGUGUGUGAGUAAGAAGGUCCCUAUUCUGCUAUCAAGGGGCAUGGCCCGCCUGGUGGUGGUAGACUCUAUUGCAGCCCCGUUUCGUUGUGAGUUCGAUAUUCAAAACUCGGCUGUGAGGGCCAAACACUUGCAAUCACUGGGGACAGCACUGCGAAGACUGAGCAGCACCUUCCGGAGCCCAGUGCUGUGUAUCAACCAGGUGACAGAAAUGGUGGGGGACCAAGAGUCUGUGCCCAAGCCACUGGGGGCCUGGCACGAGCACCUCUCUCCAGCCCUUGGCAUCACCUGGGCCAACCAGCUCUUGAUGCGACUGAUGGUUGACCGGGUUCAUGACGAUGAUGCCAUCAUGGACAUGCCCAGAAGCCCAGCCCGGAUGCUACGGGUGCUCUUUGCCCCACACCUGCCCCUCUCCUCCUGUUGCUACACAGUCAGUGAGGAGGGCGUUAGAGGGGUGCCAGGAACCGAGUCCUGCCACCAGUAGCACAGUGCGUUAGACUAACCAGCCCCAAGAAGCCCUGGCUCUGAUGAGCCUUCCCACAGCAAGUCAUGCGCCUGGUGAGCAGACACCGUGACAGGAUCUGCCCCUCCUCUCUGAGCUCUGCCUACUGC